AUGAAAUAUUACGUGGUGCGUAUAGCACCAUUUCAUGAUUUUUACGUUCCAUAUCAAAACCCAAUGACUGUAUGGGAUGUGAAAGACGAAAUGGGCAAACAGCUCGAAUGCCAAACAGGUAAAAUGAUUUUAAUUUAUAAUGGGAAAUUAAUGCAAAAUAUGGACUUAGUUUCUAACUAUGGAGCAAAAUCAGGAUCAAUACUGUUUCUUGUUGUUUCUGGAAUAAACAGAAAUAAAAUCCUUGCUCCAAAACGUGCUUUAUUGGAAAUUAUUACUUUAGCAACUAAUUUAGAAACAAUGGAAUAUGGUAUAUUUAGGGAAGCAAUGAAAACAAUCAGAAGCGAAAUUGAUUCACCAAAAAUAAUGGCAUUAUCCAUGGUUUACCCAACAAUCAAGCCCACAAUUGAAAGAGUUCAUGACAGACUGAAAAUGUUUAUCAACCCUUAG